GACGCCGCCAUGGCCCGUUUGGGUUAAGUGAUUCGAACUGCUCGCUUUAUAUUGGAUCGGAAAUUUAAGCAGGAAAAUUGUAGAAGAACAAGAAACAAUUCGAAUUUUGAAAUAGACGCGCACAUAUAUAUACAAAAAUAUUUCUUAUUUCGUCAACAACUAACUUGCAAAUAUGGAUGAUAAACUUCGGCAAAUGGAAGAUGAGAUGAACAGAUUCGAAGCUGAGAUUGGAGGACAACUUGUAACGCCAAUUGUAAGACCAGUAAUUGGUGCAAACACAUAUAAUCAGGUUGCCAGGCAAUUGGAACAACAUGAACUCACUACGCCAGUAGUUGCAGCAGCUGCAGCAGCAACAUUAGCGUUUCCUCCAAUGAUUGGAUUUCCACCACCACCACCACCUCCACCUCCUCCUCCUCCACCACCAAUGUUAAUUCCGCAGCAAGUAACGAGACAAGGUUCAGUUCCUAUUACAACAUACUCUUCACCUGCACAAAUAAGUAAUCCAUAUAUGUCAAAUAUGGUGGAUCCGUGUUUAAGCGCAACGCCAAAAACAUAUGAUUCUGCAUCAACACCAAUGAUCCAUCCAGAAAUUAUUGAACAAAUUAUUAAUACAAAGAUUCCUGAAGAUGAGGGUAAAAAGAAGCCAAAGGUUAAAGGUGUCAGUACAGCGGCUGAGUUAGCUAUCAGUCAAGGAAAAGCAAGCUCCAUUAUGGCUAACGCUAGCGCAGAAGAGAGUCAUCCCAAAGGUAAAGGGAAGAAAAACAAAAAAAUUAUAAGGACUGCUGGUGGCCAAACUUGGGAAGAUCCCUCUUUAUUAGAAUGGGACGAAGAUGAUUUUAGGAUAUUUUGCGGUGAUCUGGGGAAUGACGUUACCGAUGAAAUGCUGGUGAGGGUAUUUGGAAAAUAUCCCAGUUUUCAAAAGGCAAAGGUGGUUAGAGAUAAACGGACAAAUAAAACCAAAGGCUUCGGAUUUGUGUCCUUUAAAGAUCCACAAGAUUUUAUCAAGGCAAUGAAGGAAAUGAAUGGCCGAUAUGUAGGAUCGCGUCCGAUAAAACUUCGUAAGAGCUCGUGGAAACAAAGAAAUCUGGAGUCUGUACGCAAGAAGGAGAAGGAGAAGCAAACGUUAAUCGGUCUACUUACCGGUCGAUGACGAGAUGAAAUUUUAUUUAUUAUGUUCUGAUGUUCUGAUAUUCACCAACAAAAUUACAAAUAAUCAACCAUCUCACACACACACACACACACACACACACACACACACACACCUGGAUUUUUGUUUAGGACAAAGGAACAUUGUGAAUUACGACAUUAUUUAAUUAUCGUCGACUAUUUUGCAAAAGUAUAC